CGUGGCGGUCUGAGUCAAUGUUCCGGCAGAUACGUGCGAGCCAACAAUAAAUAUAUGUCUACGUACGACCCAUCGAAACCAUCGUCGUAUCUAAUGUACUACGAUGUAAACAAUCUGUACGGCUGGGCAAUGUGUCAGCCAUUACCCUAUGCAGAUUUUCGAUGGGUCAGCGACAUAACAAAUUUUAAUGUUAUGGAUAUUGCGUUGGAUUCGCCGAUAGGCUAUAUUCUCGAGGUUGAUCUAGAGUAUCCACAGCAUUUACACGACGCGCACGUCGACUUUUGUCCAACGCGUGAUAAGCCACCUUGUAAGAGGCAAGAAAAGCUCCUCGCGACUUUGCACAAUAAGAAGCGAUACGUCAUACAUUAUCGCAAUUUGCAGCAGUGUACUCGUCACGGCCUCCGUAUCACAAAAAUUUAUCACAUAUUGCAAUUUGCUCAAUCUCCAUGGCUUCGCGAUUAUAUUGAAUUAAAUACACAAUUUAGAACACAAGCUAACAACGAAUUUGAAAAGAAUUUAUACAAAUUAAUGAAUAAUGCA